UUUUGCCCGCCAUGUGGAUAUCGUCGUCAUUUCUCUCUCUAACCCCUUCUCUCUUCACUCUCUCUCUCUAGACGAUCGCUAUCUUGAAUAAAAAAGACGAUAUGACUUCAAGCAAUCCGGUGGUCGCCGAAGUACUACCGUCGGAAACUUCUACAGAUGCUACAGAGACGACGUUGACAACGACGGAAGCUGGGGAAGCACCGGAGAAGAAGGUGAGGAAAGCUUACACAAUCACCAAGUCUAGAGAGAGUUGGACUGAAGGCGAACACGAUAAGUUUCUGGAAGCUCUUCAAUUGUUUGAUCGUGACUGGAAAAAGAUAGAAGAUUUUGUUGGUUCAAAGACAGUCAUUCAGAUCAGGAGCCAUGCCCAAAAAUACUUUCUAAAGGUCCAGAAAAAUGGGACUUUAGCACAUGUGCCACCCCCUAGGCCUAAGCGCAAAGCUGCUCAUCCAUAUCCUCAAAAGGCAUCGAAGAAUGCUCAAAUGUCGCUACACGUUUCCAUGUCCUUUCCUACUCAAAUAAAUAACCUGCCUGGAUAUACUUCAUGGGAUGAUGAUACCUCUGCAUUGCUAAACAUAGCCGUAACUGGGGUUAUUCCACCAGAAGAUGAACUUGAACUUGAUACCCUUUGUGGAGCAGAAGUUGUUGUUGGAUCAAAUGGCAUGAUAAGUGAAACUAGUCCUUCAGCAUCUGGUAUUGGAAGCUCAAGCAGAACACUAUCAGAUUCUAAGGGUUUAAGAGUGGUGAAACAAGCUCCCUCAAUGCAUGGUCUUCCUGAUUUUGCUGAGGUUUAUAACUUCAUUGGGAGUGUCUUCGAUCCUGACAGCAAAGGCCGCAUGAAAAAGCUCAAGGAAAUGGAUCCUAUAAAUUUUGAAACUGUUCUGCUGUUGAUGAGAAACCUCACAGUGAACUUGUCAAACCCUGACUUCGAACCUGCUUCUGAAUAUGUUGAUGCUGCAGAGGAAGGUCAUGAACACUUGAGCUCUUAGCUGUUAGUGCACUCAACAAGUUAUAUAUCUUCUUGACGAAUUCUUGCUUGCAACAACUGUCUACCAGCUAUCAAAUGCUUCUUACGGUUGUUGUCUGAGGAGAACAUAACUGAGUCGUCGUCGCAAACAAAAGGAACAUAUGCAGUUUCGGUCAGAACCAGUCGAGUGAAUGGUAGAUAUAUGUAUGUGUGUGUAGAAAAUGGUUACCAAUUGUAUCUUCUUUUUGAUAAUUAUUUGUUCAUGCGUUUUGUAAUAUGUAAGUUUCUCUACCUCUUCUUCUGAUUGGUUAAAAAAGCUAUGUAAGGCACUAGCAAAUUGUUACUUAACUCAUAAGUGAGAUACAUAACUAUGUUGUAUUGUUCUUUGUAUCAAGCGUUAACGUCCA